UGCAACAAUGGAGAAGAAUGGAUGCAAAGUAUGCGUCACCGGAGGUGCGGGCUAUAUUGCUUCUUGGCUCAUCAACAAGCUCUUGCACAAGGGAUACACUGUUCAUGCAACUCUAAGGAACUUGGGUGAUGAGUCCAAGGUAAGACUUCUGAAGAGCUUCACUGGCGCAGAGAAAAGAUUGGUGUUGUUCAAAGCUGACAUUUACAAACCACAUGAAUUUGAGAAUGCCAUUCAAGGCUGCAAAUAUGUCUUCCACGUCGCAACUCCCUUGCAACACACCCGUGGAUCGGAUCUGUACAAGAACAUGACUGAGGCCACAAUAGCCGGGGCAAAGAGCAUGUUAGAGUCGUGUGUGAGAUCGGGAACCGUGAAGCGACUAAUCUACACAGGCAGUGUGGUUGCUGCUUCUCCAUUGAGAGACGACGGGAGUGGUUUUAAGGACUUAAUGGAUGAAACCUGUUGGACUCCGUUGGAUAUCCCAAUUCCUUACAGUAAUGAUGCCCUCAAGGCCUAUCAAGAUUCAAAGACUCUAGCCGAGAAAGAACUAUUGGAGCACUACUUGGGCAACAAAAGUGGCGGCCAAUUGGAGGUGGUAAGCCUUGCGUGUGGCCUUGUCGGAGGAGAAACAGUUUUGCCUUUCGCACCGGCUAGCACGGCAAUGUUUUAUUCUCAGCUAACAAACAAUGAAGUCUAUUACAAUUCACUCAAGUACUUAGAGGAAUUGAUCGGCAAGGUGCCUAUUAUCCACAUAGAUGAUGUGUGUGAAGCCCAUAUAUUUUGCAUGGAGAAUCCUUCCAUCCACGGCAGAUUCUUAUGCGCUACCUCCUGCAUCUCAUGCGUGGAAAUUGCUAGCUACUAUCAACGAAAUUAUCCACAAUUCCAUGUCAAGAAAGAGUACUUGGAGGGGCCAAAGAGGAAAAUUGCGUUAGAUUCCUCAAAGCUUAUUGAGAAGGGCUUUGUAUACAAGUACGACGCCAAGAUGAUAUUGGAUGAUAGCAUUAGUUGUGCGAAGAGAUUGGGUGAUCUCUAGUAAUAUAAAACUCUGUUUUGUUUUUUAUUUUUUUUAUUUUUUCUUUUCUGCUCUCCUUUAACUUGU